AUGGCUAAAAAGUUGAUGUUGAGCAAUACUUCAGAGAGUAACAAUUGGCAUAUGAGUUGGAAAGGUUGGGUGCCUUUGAAGUGCAAAAUAAUGGCUUGGAGAGCAACGAUUAAUCGUCUACCAACGAAGACGGAGCUGCUCAAACGAGGGGUUCCAGUGCCGAAUGUUGUGUGUGCUCUAUGUAACUCGGACGAAGAGACGACGCUUCACUUAUAUACUGGUUGUUUCUAUGCGACUGAGAUUUGGUCGGGGAUUCAAGAUUGGUGUCGGUUGGCUCCUAUUUUUGCUCUCGAAGUUUCGGACCUUAUAAAGAUGGUGGAUCUAAUAACUACUACGAAGCAGUCUAGAUACAUUUUGAGAGGGAUUAUUAUUACCACUAUGUGGGAGUUAUGGAAUGAAAGAAAUAAUAGAAUCUUCAAAGGUAAAAGUCGGAGAGCACUUGAAGUCGUGGAGAACAUAAAAACAACAUCAUAUUUUUGGAUUCGGAAUAGGUCCAGAUUUAAAGAUAUAGAUUGGAAUGUUUGGUGUAAUUUUCCUUUGAACUUGAUGUAA